ACCAGUAUGACAGGUAAGGGUGACAUCUACAUCAGUAUCACAGGUAAGGGUGACAUCUACAUCAGUAUCACAGGUAAGGGUGACACCUACAUCAGUAUCACAGGUAAGGGUGACAUCUACAUCAGUAUCACAGGUAAGGGUGACAUCUACAUCAGUAUCACAGGUAAGGGUGACAUCUACAUCAGUAUCACAGGUAAGGGUGACAUCUAUAUUAGUAUGACAGGUAAGGGUGACAUCUACAUCAGUAUCACAGGUAAGGGUGACAUCUACAUCAGUAUCACAGGUAAGGGUGACACCUACAUCAGUAUCACAGGUAAGGGUGACAUCUACAUCAGUAUCACAGGUAAGGGUGACAUCUACAUCAGUAUCACAGGUAAGGGUGACAUCUACAUCAGUAUCACAGGUAAGGGUGACAUCUACAUCAGUAUCACAGGUAAGGGUGACAUCUACAUCAGUAUCACAGGUAAGGGUGACAUCUACAUCAGUAUGACAGGUAAGGGUGACAUCUACAUCAGUAUCACAGGUAAGGGUGACAUCUACAUCAGUAUCACAGGUAAGGGUGACACCUACAUCAGUAUCACAGGUAAGGGUGACAUCUACAUCAGUAUCACAGGUAAGGGUGACAUCUACAUCAGUAUGACAGGUAAGGGUGACAUCUACAUCAGUAUCACAGGUAAGGGUGACAUCUACAUCAGUAUCACAGGUAAGGGUGACACCUACAUCAGUAUCACAGGUAAGGGUGACAUCUACAUCAGUAUCACAGGUAAGGGUGACAUCUACAUCAGUAUCACAGGUAAGGGUGACAUCUACAUCAGUAUCACAGGUAAGGGUGACAUCUACAUCAGUAUGACAGGUAAGGGUGACAUCUACAUCAGUAUCACAGGUAAGGGUGACAUCUACAUCAGUAUCACAGGUAAGGGUGACACCUACAUCAGUAUCACAGGUAAGGGUGACAUCUACAUCAGUAUCACAGGUAAGGGUGACAUCUACAUCAGUAUCACAGGUAAGGGUGACAUCUACAUCAGUAUCACAGGUAAGGGUGACAUCUACAUCAGUAUGACAGGUAAGGGUGACAUCUACAUCAGUAUCACAGGUAAGGGUGACAUCUACAUCAGUAUCACAGGUAAGGGUGACAUCUACAUCAGUAUCACAGGUAAGGGUGACAUCUACAUCAGUAUCACAGGUAAGGGUGACAUCUACAUCAGUAUCACAGGUAAGGGUGACAUCUACAUCAGUAUCACAGGUAAGGGUGACAUCUACAUCAGUAUCACAGGUAAGGGUGACAUCUACAUCAGUAUCACAGGUAAGGGUGACAUCUACAUCAGUAUCACAGGUAAGGGUGACAUCUACAUCAGUAUCACAGGUAAGGGUGACAUCUACAUCAGUAUCACAGGUAAGGGUGACAUCUACAUCAGUAUCACAGGUAAGGGUGACAUCUACAUCAGUAUCACAGGUAAGGGUGACAUCUACAUCAGUAUCACAGGUAAGGGUGACAUCUACAUCAGUAUCACAGAUCGGCUAUACUUUUCCAUCCUGUGCUGUAAACCAAAGGCCACUCCAAGCACACAUUACUUCUCCACCGACGAUGAACUAGUCUAUGAAAAUUUCUAUGCGGACUUUGGACCGCUGAACUUGGCCAUGCUGUAUAAAUACUGCUGCAAGCUAAAUAAGAAAAUCAAGUCCUUUUGUUCCACAAAGAAGAUUGUCCAUUACACCAACAAAGACCAGAAAAAACAAGCCAACGCUGCCUUUUUAAUAGGAAGUUAUGCUAUAAUAUACUUGAAGAAACUCCCUGAGGAAAUGUACAGAAUUUUACAGUUGGGCAAUGUUUACCUUCCAUUUAGGGAUGCCUCGUUUGGUACCUGUAGUUUUCAUCUAACUCUUCUUGACUGUUUCCAUGCUGUGCACAAGGCUUUGCAGUAUCAAUUCUUUGAUUUUAGGAACUUUGAUCUGGAUGAAUACCAGCAUUAUGAGAGAGCUGAAAAUGGAGAUUUCAAUUGGAUAAUCCCAGAAAAAUUUCUAGCUUUUAGUGGACCUCAUCAAAAGAGUAAAAUGGAAAAUGGUUACCCCCAUCAUGCCCCAGAAGCAUACUUCCCAUAUUUCAGAGCACGUGACGUUUCUACUAUUAUACGUCUAAACAAAAAAAUGUACGAAGCAAAGCGGUUUACCGAUGCCAGCUUUGAGCACCAUGACCUUUUCUUUGUGGAUGGAAGUACUCCUUGUGAUUCUAUAUUGAAGAAGUUUUUAAACAUCUGUGAAAAUGCAGAAGGGGCUAUAGCUGUACACUGCAAAGCUGGACUAGGUAGGACAGGCACCCUGAUUGCAUGCUAUAUGAUGAAGCAUUAUAGUAUGACAGCGGCUGAGUGCAUUGCUUGGAUUCGGAUAUGUCGGCCUGGCUCUGUGAUUGGACCGCAACAGCAGUACCUUGUGGACAAGCAAGCGAGCCUUUGGAUGGAAGGAGACAUUUACCGCAAAAAGCAGAGAGAGCAGGAAAAUGGAAACAAUGUGUCAAUGACGUUUAUACUCUCUGGAGUAGAUGACAUUUCUCUUCGGGAUGAUCUGAGCAAAGCAUCUGGCAAAGAAGACAUUGAACUGUACAGUGAUGACGAAGCCAAUGGUGUGACCCAGGGCGAUAAACUCCAUGCCUUGAAGUGCAAGCGACAGACCAGAACAUCAUCGGCAGCUCCAUUGUCAGUAAUUCUGCAGUCCAGUGUGCAAAACCCCAGAUCAGGUUUAACUGGCAGUUCAUCCUAUACAAAAAGGACCACCAGGUCUUCUGCAGGGAGCAGCACAUUGAGAGGCGUGAUUCCCGAGCGGAAGAAAAGGAUUGCUUUGCACCAAAUGCGCUUAAUGAAAUUAUGCCACACUAUUCCUCGUGCUCGGACAGUGCUACGAUAAGUAAGACAAGCUGGAGCUGAAGAACGCCUUUUUAAAAUGAAGGAAAAAAAUAUCUUUGGAAGAAAACGGACUUCCCAAAUUGUAGAAUACAGAACCUCAGUUUGCCUUUAUUUACCCUCCAUGUAAAGGAUCCACUGUUUUACAUCUGCUUCCUCACCAGCAAGCCAGAACUAUCCCUGUCACUAGCCUAUUGCAGUCUACGUGUCCAGUGCUUAUUCGAUCCUCCAGCUGUUGUGGCAGGCUCCAGCAUGCAGUAGAGCACUGCCAGCAUAUAGCAUGUAUAUAGCGAUGGCAAUCAUUUUUGGUGUAUUUCAGUGGGACCAGAGCACCAUAUCACCAGGUGUAUGCGUUCACCUACAUGCUCAAGGGAUUUGACAUCGUACUACACAUUCCAUCGUCCUGUCAUUUUAUUUUUCCUUGUUUUAAAAGGAGACUCUUCACAAUAUUGUGUGUGUAUAUAUACAGUACAUAACCCCGUUUUGUUUGAAUUCUCAUGAUACCAAAGGAUGUUCUGCCCC